AUCGAUGUUUCGUGUGCUAGUUGAACAGAAAUGGGACCGGGGAUCCUGCAGCCCUGCAGGUGCUUCUGGACUCCAGCUCCCAUCAGCCUCAGCCACAAGGGGGAGGUGGCCUGGGUGAUGGGAGUUGUAGUCUAUCAGUACCUGGAGAGCAGCAGGUGCCCCAGUUGUGUAAGGUAACUGUACUGUAUGUUGCUUACGAAGGCUGUUGCCGCAGCAAACCAAUUUAUCGCUUAAAUGCCAGCAGCUUUCUUGCGGCAGAGCACUGGACGUCACGGGACUUUGUGCUUUAUUGUUAACUUUAUGAGGCUGGAGUUGGUUCCUUGUUCAGCACGCAUGAGGGAGCAGCCUGAAUAUGGAACUGACGUUUGCACACUUCUGCGCCUCGCGGUGUGCUCCCUGUGAACAGAAUGGUGCCCAGAGUCUCAUUCUUGCUUCUCUCAAUCCUACUGGGAAUUCUGGGGAUCUUGUGUGUGGUGUUCACAGUCUACUGGACCCAACACUGGCUUGGUGGCUUUGCCUGGGAUGGUUCUUCUAAGAUGUUUAACUGGCAUCCAGUUUUCAUGGUGACAGGAAUGUUGGUCUUGACUGGUGCAGCGGUGCUAGUGUAUCGCGUGCCCUUCUCUUGGUCGGGGCCCAAGCUUCCAUGGAAGCUGCUGCAUGCAGGACUGACUUUGGCAGCAUUCAUCCUAAUUGUCCUGGGACUGGUGGCCGUCUUUGAAUAUCACAACAAACAGGGCAUUGCCAACAUGUACUCCCUCCACAGCUGGCUAGGGCUUGGUGCUGUGCUGCUUUUCUCCUGUCAGUGGGCCAUGGGCUUUGCUUCUUUCUUGCUGCCUUGGGCUCCCACCUGGUUCCGAGCCUUGUACAAGCCCAUCCAUGUCUUCUUUGGCUCUGCCAUCCUCCCUUUAGUUGUGGCCGCCUGCAUCUCAGGCAUCAAUGAGAAGCUUUUCUUCAAACUGACGAACACAACCACACCCUACUCUCAGCUUCCUGCAGAGGCAUGGUUUGCCAACAUACUGGGGAUGCUGAUCCUGGUCUUUGGGCUACUGGUGCUGUUUGCCCUUGCCAUGCCAGUAUGGAAGCGUCCAGAUAUGAAUUUGCAAGAUACCCAAGAGCCCUUGCUACAGGAAGAUAAAUGAAGCAGCAAACAGGAAGGAUUGUGAUCCAGACCUGUGUGGUGGCCUGUUCUCCACUGAGAUCUUCAGCCGUUCUUGCUUCUGUUUUCAGUGCAAGAGUUUAAACUUUAAUUGUGGCAUUGAAUUGUCUGGCAUUCUGGGUACUUUAUUAAUUCCCCCCACCCCACCCCUGGCUUCCUCUUGCUGAGUUGUUGAGCUGCUGGAAAUCCAGGUAUCUCUGAACAAUUCAUUUAUUAGUUGCUAUUGUGCCAUUAUGACAAGUUCCCAGAUUUUUGUACUUCAUGGACUUAUUAGAAACCUAAAUUAUCAGAUGAAAUAAAUGAUUCCUUCUAAUUGUU